GAAAAAAAAGAAAAAAGAGCAAAACCACAAUGAGCACCUUGAGUUGUUUGCCAUUUAGAGUGUGACUCUAUCGCUCCCCCAAAUCCCUGACCCACUUGCUCCACCACCAUGUGUGUGUGUGUUUGUGUGCCUGUGCGCAAUUGAAUUUGGAUCGGGCAACUGCUGCCGCACUCGGUAGUCCAGCUCGAUUCGAUCCGAUCCGAAUCCCGUCUUGAAUACUAAUAAUGCCCUCCCCUCCACGGGCUGUCGGAGCAGGGAUUAUGCAAGCCGCCCCGCCAGAGCUGUGCUCCAUUGAUGUAACACACAUUUUACAUAAUUUUCCCGAGCCGCCGAGGAGAGAGACAUUAAUUAAAAAUAUAUAUAUAUAUGUGUCUUGACGAAAUCCACCGGCAAAUGCAAUAAAAUAAUUAAAAGCCGCCGGCUGCCGCGUGCUGCUGUUCAUCUGUGUAAAUUCCCGCAGCACGGAGGCUGGACACAAAUGCGUGAUGCCGUAUCGAGCGGAGGAGCUGCACCUGUCGCCACCAGGUGAAAUGUGUACGUGAGAGCAGAGUCGCGUUAAUUGGAACUACGAGCCCGACUGCUGACCCACUAAGGCGGCAUACAAGUAAUAAUUCGAGGUGCGCCGAGCGAACUAGCGAAGCGAUGAGAAAGUUUUCCAUUAGCCGUAAUAGAUUCUAAUAGAAUCCCGAUUGCGAUCUCAAUCAGGUGCGAAAUAAAUCCGCUAGCCAGGCAGCCUUAAGCAAUUAGUUAAACUGAGAUGUGAUAACUGCAAGAGUAGAUCUUGCCAAACAAAUGUUAACAAACGGGUAACAGUGUUAACCAGUUUCGUUUGGCAGCGAAAUCUAAGAACCACUUUCUUAAAUCUGCACAAAAAUCGCUGGAUUUAAGUCAUAAAUUAGUUAUAAAAUAAGUCGCUGUUAAGACUUAUUAAUUUAACUUGUUAGCACUUCAUUACGUUGCUGUUUGCGCUACCUAGAAAGCUUCUCAAUUUGUUCACACCUGAGAUCCAAAGACUCCAAAACCUUAAUUAGGCAAUAUUUGACGACACAUUUAGCCAACUAAUCCCAUAAGGCCGUAGGCAAAAUACACUUUACACAGCUCAGUGAGCCCCAAAACAGCGAACGAAAGCAGCUCAAGGGUCGUUCGACUCACCUGGUCUGGGCCAACUCAGAUGUUUGUAAACAAAUAAAAGCAAACGCGGCUAAAAGAGCAGGUGGGUGGUGGGGGGAUAAAGACCACUUGGCUCGGUGCGCAAUUGGCUUGAAAUGCAGCACGGCAAAGAGAGCGUACAAACCAAAACAUCGAGCCAAAAUACCCAAGCCACCGACUUGGCCACCUGGCUGCACUCACUCAUCGCCAGUCUCACAGAAGCGCUCAAAGCGUUCGGUCAGCCCAGCUCCAGUCAAGCGGAGUCCCAGCCAAUCCAUAUCCAUACUCGAAAGAAAGAAAAAAAAAACACGACAAAAUAAGAAAGAAAACACAGCGAAGAGAAGGCGACUUGCUGGAGUGACUUUCGUGCUGGAGAAAGGCCUAGCAUUUCUGAUUAUUUGCAAGCCAGGCACAUAGGCACACAAGCAGCACAGUAGUCACCGCCCAAAACGGCCACAUUUCAGCGAUCAUUAUGCGCUGACAUUGAUUCUUGGGGCCAACGUGCAUUGUCAUCGGUGGUUCAGGGCUAUCGGGAUUACCAGUUGGUGGACCCAAAAAACCAGUUGAAGGGCAACGAGACCAGCUGAAUGCCGCGAGAGAAACUCGGCGCGUAUGCGUGCACGUGCAUAAGUCACUCAAACUCAAUCGAGUCUUUUCCCUUUCCUUCUGUUAAACCAACGUAACUGGGUCGAGAACGAGACUUGGCCACAUGCUGCUCAAACUGUGGCUGCGCGGAAGUGUUAAGUUGGUUAACUAAAUGGCAUUGCAUCACAUAAACAGUCGCAUAAAGGCCGCAUAAAUGCGCUAACUAGCCACAAUGAACGACAAAUGUGUACGAAAAACCCAUGGGUAAAAUUGGCAAACGUUCGAGCUGUGUGAAAAUAAUAACAACGCGGUGUUCAGCCGAUAACACAAAAGCCACGCUUUGUUCGAAGCGCGAAUCGUGUGUGAAAACCAAAAAUCAAACAACCAAGCCGGCCAAUAAAUAAGCACUAAGCAAGACGUGCUACACCAAAAAUAAAUAAGAAAAUAAACAAAAGUAAUACGAGUAUAUACAAGAAAAUCAUAGUGGGCAACACAUUCGCAAAAUGUCCAAGCAGUUGAAAACAAAUUCACUUUCGUUGCUGCAUUGCCAAGCAGCGCUGCUGCUGCUGUUUUCUGUGGCAGCGCUGCAGGCGCAACAAGUAAUGCAGCAGCAGCAACUGCAAGUGCAGCAACUACCAGCUGUUGCUGCAGCGACGACAGCUGCAACAUUGCCUGCCAGCAGCAGCAACACGAGACUCUUGAACGCAACUUCAGAUGGUGUGGCCGCCACUUUCAUCGACAACACCAGCAGCAACCACAUGGUCCAAAACAAUGAAAAUUCCGCCUCCUUGGAGCAGCAGACACUGCAGCAGCAGCAACAACAGCAGCAACUGCAGCAGCAGCAGCAACAGCAGCAGCAACAACAGCAGCAACUGCAGCAGCAGCAGCAGCAGCAGCAACAGCAACAGCAGCAACAACAAGCUACUGUGCAAUAUGCACACAUAUCGCCAUUAGAUAAAGAAGUAGUCGAGCGCCUGAUCAAGCAGUGGGCACCGAUCGUCUGGCUGGCGCCGGAGGAGAAAUUCAUGCCGCUGGGCGUGGAGGAGUUUCUGCAGUAUGUUCAUCCAAUGGACAAGGAUAGCAGCUUCCGGCCAGGAGUUCCGUUCCGGGAAUAUUCAACGAAAUCCCACCUGGUCACGAACAACGAAGUACAGGAGCUUCUGGGCAACGACAAAUCCUUUCUGUACGGCCGGAAUCCCAAUGAGAAAGCGGUGCCCAUCUAUGGAGUGGUCAACUUGUGUCCCUCGACAAGGGCACCGGUAAUGCCGAUUGUGUCCACACCGCCACCCACCACCACACGAGGUGUUUACAUUCCCGUGUCCAUUGAUCCGCUGGAGGAACGCAAUGACACCAUUCGGCGAUCGUCCAGACUGUUUCCUCUCUUCCAGCGAGUGAAACGGGAGGCACCAAAAGUUUCCAAAUACAAUCAACUCAAUGAGUACGAAGAACUUGUAGUGGAAGCCACCCAGAAACCCAACGCACAGCAGGAUUCGGAGGCAGAGCCGGAGAAUGCAGUACCAGUGAACAACUUCAUUGCCAACCUAGCGGACAAUGUCAAGUUCAGCGGUGGCACAGAUCCCGAUGACAAUCUGGAGGAGAACAGCAUUGGCCAGGCACCCGAAAGGGAGACGAAUUCAGAAAAGGGCAAGCUGCCGGGUUUCCAUGUAACCUACUGGAUGUUCUAUCCCUACAGUCAGGGCAAGACCAUGUGCACCGUGAGUUUGGGGCCACUUGGAAGGAUUCCCUUUCCGGCUGUCUAUGGAUAUUGUCUGGGCAAUCGCAAGGAUAUCGGCAGCCAUGUGGGCGAUUGGGAGCACAUGAGUCUCUAUUUUAACGGCGAUGCCGAGCCACAGGCCAUGUAUGUGUCCGCCCACGAUGCGGGAGCCUACUACAGCUAUAACCGGCUGACGGGAUCCUUCGAGUUUCGCCGCCAAGAGACACGCAAGGGCAUCUUGCAGCGUCCAAACUUUCCCAAAACGGUGACCACCUUCAAGAACCAUCCGGUUCUAUUUGCCGCCAAGGGUUCACAUGGUCUAUGGACGGCGCCAGGAAAGCAUCGCUUUGUGAAAGUGGCACGCCUGUAUGAUAUUAAUGGCUUUGGCACGCCAUGGAACACUUGGAAGGCUGUGGACAUAAGCUACGAGAACCUGAGAUCCUAUGGUCGGUCGCUGGUGCCUGAUUGGCUCACAUAUCGAGGCAAAUGGGGUAAUCCCAAAAGCAAUUGCCAUCCCUUCCGGCGGAUCGGUUUGAAUUUCUGUGAGUUCACGGAUGGACCCACGGGAAUUCCACUCAAGGAACCCCACUUUCAAUGCGGUGCUGAUUAUCGCUAGUGACGCGAUUGGGGAAUAGGUCCCUUGGCUUAAUCUAAUGUUUAAAAAAGUAUUUAUUGUGAAAACCACCCAAAAAGAUCCCUUAGAGAUUAAAAACAAAUA